AUGGCGCUGCGGCCCGGGCCCGGCGCGGGGGGCGCCGGCGGGGCGGGCGGCGGAGCGGCCGGGGCCGCCAGCUUCAUGUUUCCCGUCGCAGGCGGUUUGGGCCCCCCUCAAGGGAUGAUUCCUAUGCAACAGCAAGGGUUUCCAAUGGUUCCUGUCAUGCAGACCAACAUGCCAGGGAUGAUGGGAAUGAAUUAUGGCUCUCAGAUGCCUCCUGGACCCAUGGCCAUGCAGGGUGGCAUGGCCCUGGGGCCGAUGCCAGCAGCUGGAAUGCCCUACAUGGGACAGGCCUCCUUCCUGGGAAUGCGCCCCGCCGGCCCCCAGUACAGCCCCGACAUGCAGAAGCAGUUUGCAGAGGAGCAGCAGAAGAGGUUUGAGCACCAGCAGAAGUUCUUAGAGGAAGAAAGGAAACGGCGGCAGUUUGAAGAGCAGAAACAAAAGCUGAGACUUCUGAGCAGUGUGAAACCCAAGACAGGUGAAAAAAGCAGAGAUGAUGCUUUGGAAGCCAUUAAAGGGAACUUAGAUGGCUUUUCUAGAGAUGCUAAAAUGCACCCAACACCAGCAGCACAUCCAAAAAAGCCAGGCUCUUCCUUGGAGGAGAAAGCCUUAGCUAAUGGCUCAGAUGAAUCUGAACAAGAGCAAACCAAACUUAAAACGUCCGAAGUUGGGCACAAAGCCUCAGCUGCAAGCCAAGCCCAUCCCAGUCUCACCAGCAGUGACUGGGGUGUUGUAGGUGGACAUGAAAGUGGUCCCACUGCUGCUGCAGAGGUGCACAAGGCUUCAGAACAAAACAGAGCAGUUGAAGAGUGUGGAGUUGGAGUGUUCCCUCCCCAGGACCCCAUCCAGCAAAUUAUGCCUCCCUGGAUUUACAACGACAGCUUGGUCCCAGAGCUGUAUAAGAAGAUCUUAGAAACCACUCUGACUCCUGCUGGGAUUGACACAGCCAAGCUCUACCCCAUCCUGAUGUCCUCGGGACUGCCCAGGGAGACCCUGGGGCAGAUCUGGGCCUUGGCCAACCGCACCACGCCCGGGAAGCUCACCAAGGAGGAGCUCUACUGUGUGCUGGCCAUGAUAGCAGUGACCCAGAGAGGGAUCCCAGCCGUGAGCCCUGACGUGCUGAACCAGUUCCCAGCCGCGCCCGUCCCCACCCUGUCCGGCUUCCCGGUGCCGCUGCCCGCCGGGGUGAGCCAGCCCCCGCUGCUGCCCGCGGCUCCGCCGGCCCCCGUGGGGCUGGGCAUCGGGCCCUCCGUGAUGGGCAUGAGCAUCCCCGGCCCUGCCCCGGGCCCGGGCCCGGCUCCAGCCCCGGCUCCGGCGGGAGGAGCUCCCGCACAGCCCUCCGGAGCCUUCCUGCCCUCCUACCCGCCCGGCCAGGUAGUAAAACCAGAAGAUGAUGACUUCCAGGAGUUUCAGGAUGCCUCCAAGUCUGGCUCCCUGGAUGACUCCUUCACUGAUUUCCAGGGGGAGGCAGCCAAAGCAGCCAGCUCACAGCACCGGAGCAGUGUUCCUUCUUUACUAAUGCCACUCCCAGGUACUAAGCCACUUUCACCAGCUGACAAAUAUGCUGUGUUUAAAGGAAUGGCAGCUGAGAAGCCUUCUGAGAGUGCAGCUGCUUUUGGAGGUAAGAGGGACAAGUACAGCGCUUUCCGGGAAUUAGAGCAACCAGCAGAAAGCAAAUACUUGGGAGAGAACCUUGCAGAGUUCAAGCCCACAGGAGCUGACGAUGGUUUCACAGAUUUCAAAACCGCUGACAGCAUCUCCCCGUUAGAGCCACCCUCAAAGGACAAAACCUUCCCUGCACCCUUCCCUCCUCUGCCUGCUCAGCCAAAACAGCCAACACAAGCCAAGACCCCUUUGAAUCUGGCAGACUUGGAGCUCUUUUCCUCUCCUGGAGAAAACAAGCAGCCAUCCUUCCCACCUGCAUUCAACACCUCAAAGCCGGGCUCCUUUCCCCCUCCACCCCUUCCAUCUGCCUCUGCCCAGCCAGCACCCAGCAAAACUUCAAGCUUAGCCGAUGACUUUGGAGAGUUCAACCUCUUUGGGGAAUUUUCUAACGGCGCAUCAGCCAGUGGACAAGAUGACUUUGCAGAUUUUAUGGCUUUCAACAACAGCGGGGGCUUUCCCGAACAAAAACCCGAGGACAAAUACAAUGCACUCAAGCUGGAGGCCAGCCCUGGUGCUCAGGCUGGCUCCUCAGGCAGCACAGUGAAGGGUGGGCAGAGCUCUGCCACCACUGCUACGCCCACCAAGUAUGACAUCUUCAAGCAGCUGUCCCUGGAGGGCCCCGGGGCGGCUUUCGAGGAGGCCAAGGACAGCGCGCUCUCCUCGGCCAAGAGCGACGAUGACUUUGCUGACUUCCACUCCAAGUUCUCUUCCAGCGGUGCCGAGAAGUCGCUGGUGGACAAAGUGGCAGCUUUCAAGCAGGCCAAAGAAGACUCUGCUUCAGUGAAAUCCCUGGACCUGCCUUCCAUCGGCGGCAGCAGCGUGGGCAAGGAGGACUCCGAAGACGCGCUGUCUGUUCAGUUUGACAUGAAACUGGCUGAUGUGGGAGGAGAUCUUAAGCAUGUCAUGUCUGAUAGCUCUUUGGAUUUGCCAACAGUUAGUGGCCAGCAUCCACCAGCAGCAGAUGUGGAUGACUUUAAGGGUGGAAGCUGUGCCGGUGGUGGCUCUGCGCUCGGCAGCCUGGCGAGCUCCGACAGGGACCAGCAGGACAGCGACAGGGACAGGAGGCUGCCCUGCUCCGCCCAGCCCCCGGGGAGCGGCUCCUCCGCCGCCACCGCCGUCCUCCAGAAGAAGGAGACCUUCUUUGGCAGCUCAGAAAACAUCACCAUGACGACAGUUUCCAAAGUGACCACCUUCUCCAGCGAGGAUGCUCUGCAGGACGUUUCCUUCGCGCCCUUUGCCAACUUUAAGGACUCGGGGCCCGUGUCCGGCGGUCCCGGUGACGAUGACCUCGGGGACUUUGGGGACUUUGCCAGGCUCCCCUCGGAAGCUCAGGAUGCAGCAGCAGCUGACACAGCCCUGGGCGCUGAUUUCCUCGCUGGAGCCUCCUCCGAGCUGCGGAGGGAGGCCACGGAUGACUUCGGGGAGUUCCAAAGUGAAAAACCAAAAAUCAGCAAGUUCGACUUCUUGGUGGCAACUUCCCAAGGCAAGGUGAAAUCCAGCGAGGAGAUGAUCAGGAGUGAGCUGGCCACCUUUGACCUGUCUGUGCAAGGGUCUCACAAGAGGAGCCUGAGCCUGGGGGACAGAGAAAUCAGUCGCUGCUCACCCCUGCCAGCCCUGGAGCAGCCGUUCAGGGACCGCUCCAACACGCUGAGCGAGAAGCCAGCGCUGCCCGUGAUCAGGGACAAGUACAAGGACCUCACUGGGGAGGUGGAGGAGAGUGAGAGGUAUGCCUACGAGUGGCAGAGGUGCCUGGAGAGUGCCCUGCAGGUCAUAAAGAAAGCCAACGACACCUUAAAUGGAAUCAGCAGUUCAUCUGUGUGCACUGAAGUCAUCCAGUCUGCCCAAGGCAUGGAAUAUUUACAGGGGGUUGUUGAAGUCUACAGAGUGACAAAGAGGGUGGAGCUGGGCAUCAAAGCAACUGCAGUGUGCAGUGAGAAGCUGCAGCAGCUGCUGAAGGAUAUUGAUAAAGUGUGGAACAACCUGAUCAGCUUCAUGUCCCUGGCUGCUCUCACGCCCGAUGAGAACUCCCUGGAUUUCUCCUCCUGCAUGCUGCGCCCCGGGAUCAAGAAUGCCCAGGACCUUGCCUGUGGAGUGUGUCUGCUGAAUGUGGAUUCCAGAAGCAAAAAAGAAGAGAAACCUGUGGAAGAGCCUCCCAAAAAAGCCUUUAAUUCAGAGACAGAUAACUUCAAGCUGGCAUAUGGAGGGCACCAGUACCACGCCAGCUGUGCCAACUUCUGGAUCAACUGUGUGGAGCCCAAGCCCCCGGGUCUCAUCCUGCCAGACCUGCUCUGAGAGCAGCUGCACUGCAGGUGCAGCCUUGGUCUCACCCUGCAGGACCUGGGGGAACUGCUCUGCUGGAGGCUGCAGCUGGGGCCAGCCUUUGAAACCUUUGGGGUUGAUUUUUGGUCCAAAAAUCAACGGAUUAAAGCCACUGUUACAGAUGGGGAAGAAUUCACUUGUAAUGGCCAAGGUUUCGGGAAUAACUGGGUAAUAUAUAGUAUGGCAAAAAAAAAAAAAGAGUGGCAUUUCAGUGUUUCUGAAGAUGCAAACGUUAUCCUGUGCAAAAGCAGCCUGGGAACCAUGUGCAUAAACCUGUGCAUGGGAGAGGCCAGCAUGGAGCUUCCCUGAGAACCUGGAGUGCUGGCCUCAUUUGCAUAGAAACAACCACUUAAAUACUUGAAGUCUGUAUUUGCAAGCAAAUCUUUUCCUUAACGUUUUUGGGACCCAGACCUUGAUGUUCUUUAAGUAUUUGCUGCUGUGAUAUCAGAGCACAUGAGUCACAGCAGCAUCCAGGCAGAAUGAAUUAUUGACUCAGGAGGAGAAGCUGCUGGGUGUUUGUGCUUGCACUGCUCUGUGCUGGGAGUUGUGCUGGAUGCAGAACUGCUUGGUGCUGGGGGCUGAGGAGUGGAAAACUGCUGCAGUUUUCCCUGUGCUGUGUGCAUUCUGUAGUGCAGGCAGCUGGAGUUUCAAACUCCCAGUCUUUGUUGUAAAUACAGAUAAACUGCCCUGGCUCUGUCCUGAGCUCCAGGCAGGGCUUUGUCUCUGCUGACCUUUUGGGGGCUGUGUGGCUGCAGCACUGCUGGAAGCUGGACUCUGCUGAUGCAGCACAUCUGUGCUCUGGAGAUUCUUUCCCUUUUUUGGCUGUGGAGAUGCUGUUCCCGAUGGGAUGGGAUGGCUGUGUGUGAUCCUGCACUCUGUGCUACCUGCAGCAACGUGUUCCUGUGACUCACAGCUGGCUCCUGCAGCAGGGAGUGGGAUUGAACAGCCAGAGGGAAUCAGCCCUGGAAUCUGGUGGUCUCAGCAAGCUGUGUUUGAAGCAGGCAUUGUGUCCCUGCUGGUUUCUGGCUUUUGUUGGUGCCUCUCUGGACAGGUGUGUGUCACAGACUCUCACUAAAUGUCACCUGUGCAUCAAAGCACCUGGUUACUCCUUCAGAUCCAGUAUCCAGAGGACAAUGCAGGCAAAGGAGUGCUGGUUACAGGAUUUUAAACCUGGGGGAGCCUCAUGGUGUUACAAGAGACAUCCCACCACCCUGUCUAGGGCUGCAGGGAAUGAAGUGGGCUGUAAAUCCAGAGGGUGCAACUUCCUCCUUAAUUCUUUGGCUUAGUCUCUCACAUCUGUUCCUUUCCUCCAGCCUCUCCAAGUUAAUCCUGCCCCAUUACAAGUACCUGACACUGACCUGGGGUUAUUUGCUGAAACAGAAAUUACAAUGAGGAAAACGAUGCUUUGUAUUUAAAAAACAAACAGGCUUAGUUAUACGAAACUAUUAAUUAGCCCAAAUGAAAGAAUCUUGGCUCAGAGGUGUCUGGCUCCUUCCUUACACCAAUUACAAUAAAUCUCCUUGCUGCCUCAAAUUAGCUCAUUCAUGAAAUAAAGCCCCGUGUGCCUGCAGCUCCAGCUGAUCCAGAGGCAGAUUUCCCGUGCUCUGCUUCCCACAUCCUGCCCAGCAAUCACCCAAAAAAGCAGGAAAACAGCUCCUUGCUUCUCUCCCUUUCUUUUACGAGGUGGGAAGGAGCUCCAGCAGCACAGCUUGUGCCCACAGCCCUUGUUGUCCAGCACAGUGAGGCUGCACUGCCCCUCACCAGUGCUGCUACAGGAGCUGGGGACAGGGAGCCCCUGGGAGAGGCUGGUGCUGAGGGAAUGCUGUGCUGGGAAAAGGGAUUUUACUGUCAGCCACCUCAGCUCCCCAGCACUUUGCUAGAGAGGAUUUUUUCUCCCUUAAUUGAAAGAAAAUGGCACAAAUAAGAGGCCGUGGUGUGAAAUUUAAAGCACCAGCUGCAUUGUCACAGGAGCAUUUCCGUGCUGGUUUUUCUGUACCAGGUCAGCCCCUCUCGUGUCCUUUGGCCCAUGAAGAAAGGGAUGGACAUGCACAAUUCCAGCUGCCCAGAGCUCCCUGAAGGGUGGCAGCAGCUCCCAGCAGCUCCAGCCAUGGGCACACAGGGAGGGUUUGCACGGAGAUCCCUGGAUAGAGGCAUGGCACAGAAGGAUCAGCUGCAGAUCCCAGCCAUCCCAAUGACUCACUGGAGCAUUCAGCAUCCUCGGGUGUUGUUGCCAGCCAAAGCCCAGUGUCCUUCCAAGCUGUAUCCAAGGUGACAGGAUUGUCACAGCCCACCUUCCCCCACUGCCUUCCCUCUGCUUGUGCCCAAUUUCAGACCUGUAACUCCUUUUCCUGCAUGGAUUCUCUCACUGGAGAAGAGAAACGAGGUUUUAUUUGUUUUUUUAGCUAGAUAAAAGGGGCUGCCUUGGCGUGACCUGUGCAAAGUGGGGUUUCUGUCUCUGUGCGUACAUUUGCAGUUCUGAGGAAUUAUUUACUCGGUUAUUUAAUGUAUUUACGGCUUAGCCCCGUUGUGUUCCUGGUGCUCCCUGCCCUGGCAGCUCCCCCUGGUGCUGGGGGCUGCUCCAGCCUCUCCCCUGCCCUCCCUCCUGGUGUUUGGCUGUGAGUCCCUGCAGCCCUGGGAUGUCACCUGUGCCCUGGCAUUGUCACCUCCUGCCCUCACCAUGCAUUCCAAGACUUUUCCUCUUGCAGCAGCUGCUCCUGCCCUGAGAUCCCUGCAGUGGCUGAGGGUGAGGUUCAGCCCCAGGCUGAGCAGGAGCUCCUGCACACCCAAGGACUGCUCAGAGUCCUGGCAGCUGCACUGGGAAUCAUAAACUUGAAACAAAACCUGCCUUUCCAAUAAAAGCUGCUAUUGUACAAACUGCUGCUUUGGAUUUGCUUUUGAUUCUGCACCUGUAUUUAAUUCCAGUUCUCAGUGUUAAAAUAGGAAUGUCAUAAUUUUAUGAAGGAGAGCAAUCAGAAAAGUUCUCUUUCUAUUGUGAUUCUUCUCCUGCCCUCUGGGCAAAUGUUAUUUUUCUUCCAGAAGUGGUUUUGUGAUUAUUAGUUGGAGCUGUUUGGGUUUGUGCUGUGCUAGAGUUGCUGCUGAUAUUUUGAAUCCAGUGAGAAUAAGUGUUAUUAAUUGACUUUAGUACCUUGUUUACUCCCUUAAUUCCUGCAAUGAUUUAUAAAUCCUGUGUUGAGAUCCAAACCUGGUGUUCAAUAAAAAGCUCGUUUCAUA